AUGGGCAAGCGGAGUUCCGACAUCUUCGAAGCUGAUGACGACCAUGAAGGGAUCUUCUCUGGCGCCGCAGAGGCGCACUCGCAUAGCCUUCACAUGCCGCGGACCAAUGCUUAUCUGCAGAGAGACCUCUCGGUAGACGGCGACGAUGAGGACGAGGACCACGAGGGCUCCGCGACUACAGAAUUGGCUGCUAUAAUGACAACGACGUCAACUCCAGUUACACCAGGUCCUACCAGUCCACCGCUGGAGCAGGCGAAGCCGCAGGACUUUGUGCCACCGACUAGGCCGAGCAGUACACCAUUUCCCAAUGCGCAGCAGGGACAGACCGAUAUUCGAUGCCUGCAUUGCCAGCCCGACUGCCAGGAUUGCCACGACGAUUCCAUGGUCAUGAGCCCGUUCCCGAACUCGGCCGCGGAUGAUCAACAACCACUUCAGACGCUAAACGCACUGCCUGCCGAGAUCCACGAAUGCAUUCUUGAUCACCUCUUUGGCUACCGAGUAUCAACAACAUCGCCCAGCUCACUAAGCAUUCCUAGUGUAAAUGCAAGAAGUUGGAGUACGGCUCUGCGGCAUUCGAGAAGAAAGGAGCUGUCAAACUUGGCGCUGGUUACGCCACUUUGGAGAGAUCUAGUUCAGGCCCGGCUCUUUCGUCACAUCAAGGUGAAGGCCACCAUCAAUGGCUUUAAUGAAGUUGCAGAGUUCUUCACCUUGAACACCCAUCUGAGAGAGUUGGUCAAGCACAUCGAGAUUUGGUUCCCGGUUUUUCAGCCAAAAUUCAACACCAGCUUUCCAACGAACUCAUCGCUGGCUUUGCCAACCGUCUCUCCCGAGGGCAUUUCUAGUGCUCAGUAUGGACUGCCCACAGAUAACGCUAGUCUUGAGGAGGUAUUCUUUACCGUGGGCAACACGUUUCCUGCCGUGCAGGUCAUGACCCUUGAAGGAGGUGAGCGCAAGAAGGCGCCAAAGGUCAAAUUCACGUUACCAUGCCCCCAGUGGAAACCUCGAGAGCUACCAAAGAUCAGCACGAUACGAACCCUGAUCAUCAAGAGCCAGUGGAACAUUAUCCGCCAGCCAAAGGACUGGGAGCAGAUUUCAAAGGCACUCCCGAAUCUUGAGGAAUGGCACGGCACCUAUGCCAAGCCCAAGUCAAAGAGCUAUCUCAGCAUGGCUGGCACUCUGGACAUGCUGGAGUCCAAAAUUACCAAGCUGAACCUGAGCCUUGAAACGGAUUACCGUCGCGAGAUGACGUGCCCUGCCUACUAUCUCAAAGUUUGCGAACAGCUGCACUGGUGUGAAAAGCUGGCCAAGGCAGCAAGUUCCUUGGAGCACCUGUCGUAUACGGGUCGGGUAUGCCACACAUUUUUCGAUAUGCUGGCAAAGUACUCCAACCCCCGCACAACUCGACUGAAGACGAUUGAUAUCACGGUCAAGAAUUGCUGUCGCCAGAAUGCGCAGUGGAAUGAGUCUGGUUCCGGCAUCACGGACAUGCACUUUAUCAAUGCCUUUGAGCAGCUCGUACUUGGGGGAAUUCGCUGCUUGCAACGCCUGAAGCAGGUGAAUCUUCUGCGGAUCCGAUACGUGGAUCUAGAUUCACCCGUGCCCCCCUUGAACCCCUACUUUGUCAUCAAGGAUGGCUGGUGCUCAGGUGUUUGGAGCGACCAGAUUAUAGCAGAGCUCAACCGCGUCAGACCAGAUGCACGUUUCGAGGCAAUGGCCGAAAGUUUUGGCGAGGUCGGCUACAACAAGGAGAACCGUCUUGUUAUCAGUCCCGACUUCCCCAAGUCGAGAGUUCUUUCUCUUAAGCUGGCAAACUACGCCCUACUGACAGGGGGUAUCACUAUAGUAUAG